CCCAGAACGAAGCCGCUCCGCUCCGCGUCCUGUCCGGCGACCCACGGCCCGCUGCGCUGCCGCAACAAGAGGAGCAGAACCGGGACAAAGGAAGCUAAACUCCUCUCAGGAACUUCUUCUCCCCUGGUUUAACGUUUCUGUCUCCGUCGAAGCAGCAGUGUGACUCUGAGAUUGCCUUCUUUUUUUUUUUUAAACUCCGGUCCGAAAAACUUUUUUCAAAACUUUUUCUUUCACAUGUUUUAAAAGUGUUUUCGAUCGAGCCUGGAACUCGACAUCGAGCAUACCGGUUCGUGUCUCUUGUUCGGAGGUGUUUUUUUUGUGGUUUUUAUCGCAGUUUCUUCUCUUUUUUCUCUCUGACUUGUGGAGACUUUUGGCCGCAGCAGCUGUGAAUGAAGCUUCCGUCGAGCUGAAGAGGACACUCUGCCGCGGAGCCGCUAGCUUUCUCCCUCUCACACACACACCUGAGGGGUUCUAACGUUCAGAUUUUUAGUGUUUUUAUUAUUAUUAUUUUUUUUCCGACCGGCCGAGAUGAAGCCGCUGCUGCUGCUGUGCGUCGCGUGCGCGCUGCUGGUCUUGUCGGUCUCGAGCACCGCGGAGCAAAAGUUAAAAAACUGCAACGAAGUUCGCGCGGCUUACAGCUCCAAAGGCUUCAACGUCAACGACGUGCCCAACAAAGGCGUCAACGGCGCGCCCCUGAAAGUGUGUCCGCAGGGCUUCUCCUGCUGCACGGUGGAGAUGGAGGAGAAGCUGAGCCAGCAGAGCCACACGGAGAUCAAAGCGCCCGUCUCCCGGCUGAGCACCAACCUGCAAUCCACCUUCAAACAGAAGCACGAACACUUUGACAAGUUUUUCCGAGAGCUUUUGAAAAAAGCCGAGGUGUCGCUACACAACAUGUUCGUCCGGACGUACGGCAUGAUGUACGUGCAGAACGCCGAGCUCUUCAAGAACUUCUUCCAGUCCCUGACGAGGUACUACGUGUCGGGCAGCUCCGCCGUCAACCUGGACUACACGCUGUCGGACUUCUGGGCCGAGCUGCUGGAGCGCAUGUUCCGGCUGGUCAACGUCCAGUACGAGUUCAGCGACUCCUACAUGGAGUGCGUGAGCCGGCACACGGAGCAGCUGCAGCCGUUCGGCGACGUGCCGCGGAAGCUGCGCAUCCAGCUGACCCGCGCCUUCAUCGCCGCGCGGACCUUCACCCGCGGCCUGGGGCUCAUGCCCGAGGUGGUCAACAAGGUGUCCACGGUCAGCGCCUCCCCCAGCUGUGUGCGAGCCGCCAUGAAGAUGCUGUACUGCCCGUACUGCUCCGGCCAAGUGGCCCUGAAGCCGUGCCAGAACUACUGCCUGAACGUGAUGCGGGGGUGUUUGGCCAACCAGGCCGACCUGGACACGGAGUGGAACAACUUCCUGGAUGCCAUGAUCGCCCUGGCUGAGCGGCUCGAAGGUCCGUUUAACUUCGAGUCCAUCGUGGAGCCCAUCGACGUGAAGAUUUCUGACGCCAUCAUGAACAUGCAGGAGAACAGCAUGCAAGUGUCUCAACAAGUCUUCCAAGGAUGCGGGACCCCAAAGCCCAGCACGGCCUUCCGUUCCGCUCGUUCAGUGAAAGAAACCAGCUUCACUGGCCGCUUCCGCCCGUACAGUCCUGGCGCCAGACCCACCACCGCCGCUGGGACCAGUUUGGAUCGACUGACGGGAGAUGUGAAGAAGAAGCUGAAGCAUGCCAAGAAGUUCUGGUCGACGCUGCCGGACACCGUGUGCACCGGCGAGAGGAUCGCACCGGGCGACGAGUGCUGGAACGGAACCGCCAAGAGCAGGUACGAGUCUGUCGUCAUCGGCAACGGGCUGGCCAAUCAGGUAUCGAACCCCGACGUGGACGUGGACAUCACCAAGCCAGACCGAGUCAUCCGCAGCCAGAUCGCCGUGCUGAAGGAGAUGACGAGCUGGCUCAAAGCGGCGCACAUCGGCACCGACAUCUCGGUGGAUGCAGAGGAGGACGGCAGCGGAGCGGAGGAGAGCGGCAGCGGGUGCGACUCUCCGUCCUGCGACACGGACCGGGACAUCUACUUCUCCACCCCCCCGAACCCCAGCAAGCCCCGGGUCAACCCGGUGCAGGGCGGCCAGUCGGCCGGGGCGGCCUCCCGGGGAAGCAUGGCGCUGGCGCUCUGCGGCCUGGCCGCCGCUCUGCUCGCCCCCCACUGGAGAUAAGACUGGCUGGGCGGAGCACGAGAACCAACAGGAAUAAUGAAGCGAACGGGGGGAAGACUGUCAGAGAGACUUUCAAGAAAGGAACAAAAAGACUGCCUUCAGGACCUCAGACUGUCCGCCUUGGGGGGGAAAGACUCUUCCUAAUAUUACAAUAACUUCGCUAUUAACUAUUUGUAUGUUUUAAGGACAUCGGUGUACAGCAAUAUGAUUUUUUCCCCGCAGGACAUCCACCCUUUUCCCCCCACAGAUGCGUGUUUCGCCACGCGGCUCUGUCCAAACCAGCUCCCGGUUCUGCUUGCAGCAUUAUAAACAUCAUAUAAUGGUCUCGUUUUGGCAGUUUGAUCUCAUCACCCAAUGUGUGCCUUCUUCAGCGAUCGCCGUCAGAUAGCGAACAGACUGGCGAACACGGCGCGAUCCGCGCUUUUCCCGCCAUUCAGAGAUCCACUGAAUUCAUGAGUUCAGUCGUCAUCGCAGCAGGUUUUUUUUUGCUCAGUAUGGGUGAGCGCUCUGUUUUGUGCAGGUAGAAGCGGCAGGCGGCCUGCAGGCGGCGUGGUUUCUGCUGAGCGCAGAGGAAGAUGUUGCAGCGCAGGUGGAAUCGGUCUUUAGAAGAGCCUGGCGGCUCGCAGCGAGCUCAAACGCGCAUCAUUGUAUGAACUUCAUUUCAAAGCUUUCGCUUGUCUCCUCAUUAAUGUUUUACCCUCCGUAGUAAAGUCAUACCUCAUCCAUCCUGGUGGCGUGGAGAUGAAAGGGUCUGGUUGGUGACGCGGCCGGUAUCUUCUCCUGCCGUCACACCUGACGAAGGCAAAAGCUGACGAGUUCUGAAAACCCCCACCCCCUUUCUUUUUUCUUUUCUUUUUUUUUUUUUUUUUUUGGUACUGUAAGCUCGGUUUGGCACAGAAGAUCUGACUCUACACAGUCUUGCUCUUUGGGGAAAAGAAAAUCCGGCCAGAGAACAGGAACAAAAGACAGUGUUUUGAUCAAAUGAAAUCAAGAAAAGAUUAUUUUAAUACAGGGUUUUAUGUGGAGGAGAUGUUGUAAUUUUAGCUAUUUUUGGUAUGAAGAUAUAUAUUAGGUACUACAGUGGAUGUUACUGCUAGUUUUAGGUGGUGGAAGAGGACUUUGUGCACAGACGAUGGGGGCACUUUGGUCAGUGUCCAGUUUUUAUUUUUUUUUUUAAAGGCUUUAUGGGGGGGUUUCAGCAGCCCACAUUCCCCAUCCCACAACACACACUUGUACCUCUUCAAUGGCCUUGUGGCACUAUCGACGGACUCGUCCCGACCCGUUUGAUCUACCUAUCCUCUUCCUAAUGUUCUCACCAUUUCAGCUGCAGGAGGAAUGUCGAAGUAUCGUCUCGAGUGAUGAGCAUCUUCUAAGAGAUGCUGGAAUAAUCAGCCGGGACUCCUCCUCCGUUGCCGUCUGGAAGCUCAGUGCAGGAGGGCGUCUUCUGAUUGGAUAAUCGGGUGUGUCGGUUCGGCUGCCUGGCCGUCUCGUCUCUGGAGCGAUGCCAGCCCUCAGCGGCUCGUGGUUCAUGAACUUAUGCAUCUCGUUUAUAGUCUCUGCAAGUUUGCUUUAGUACUGAAAGAUGAUCCAAAACACACGAACGAGGAGAAUCUGAACUGCACGGUUUAGACGGGGGGGAAAAUGAUUCUUUAAUUUAUUGAAUUGAUUAUGUUUGGGGCUUUAAAUAUUCAGUCUGUAAAAUUUGACAAAAAAAAAAAAAAAAUCUACUUCUUGAAGCUAUUAUUUGUGAGAAACGAAAGAAACAAUCCACGUUGCUUCUUGUUUGGCUUUGAAAUGACAGGUUGAUUGUAAGAUGAGGCGAAUUUGGUUUGUUAGUUUUUUUUUUCUCCCCCAAAAGAAACGAGAAACAUCAAUCAGAUUUGAAGGAUUUGACGAAACAUCUAUGCAACCUGAAAGAAAUACUCCGGCCUUUGUUUUCUUUUCUUUCUUUCUUUUUUUUUAAUUUUAAAUCAUGAAGCUGUGCUUCAAGCAGCUCAAUCAGGCAAUUACUCCCAGUUUUGUGUCCUUCCAGCAUUUCUACCAGGGCUUCUGCAUGUGUUUGAGUCACGUGGAAGCGCCGUGUCGAGUGUUUCUGAGCGUGAGAGGAAAUGUUCUGGGUGAUGGUGAUAGAUGUCUGUGCUUGCGGGCCAGGGCAGAAGCGUUUUUUUUUUUUUUUUUUUUUUUUUUUUUUAAUUUUAAUGUGUAUUGUUAUUGGGGCUGGCGGAGAACGAGGAGGAGAAGGUCCAGCUGCUGGAUGAUGUUGGUUCAAUCCGCAGAGCAGCGACUGAAACGUGGAGUCGGGGAGGGGCUGAAACCUUCCCGUCUGCCUUCGGCCCACAAGAACAGAGAGGAGGCGCCGUCGGAGGAGGCGGCGGCGGCGAGCGAGGAGAAGGAGAAAUGUGUAAAUAUACAGAGCAGCCGUGUCUAGAUGUCUCUAAAAGAGGCCUUAACAGUUCACCAGAUUUUUACAUGUCAGAGUAUCUCCUAAAUGUUAUGAAAAAACAAGAUGAGAUAGAUGUUAAAUUGUAAGAGAAAAUGUAUAUUAAACAUGUCUUAGUCUUGUUGAAAUAAAGACUGCCAAUAUUUAAA